UGGUGACGGCCGUCGGAACUGGAAGAGGAAACCUCCACCUUGUCGCCGGGAUCGGCCGCUUCCGAUGCGGUCCGGAUGGAGGCGCCUCCGGGGGAGCCUGGACAGCCUCGGCCGCUGCGGGAGCCGCCGGCGGCGGAGAGAGAAGCGGCGGAGGGAGAGCCCAUCCUUUUGGCCGAGCUGAAGCCAGGGCAGCCUCAGCAAUAUGACUGGAAAGCCAGCUGCGAGACGUGGAGCGUGGCCUUUUCCCCGGACGGCAGGUGGUUUGCCUGGUCUCAGGGCCACUGCAUUGUCAAGCUGCUCCCAUGGCCUUUGGAGGGAACCCAGCAGAACUGCAAAGCUUCGGAGUGCACGAAAGCUGAGGCCAGGGGCCGUGGCAGGGCCAAGGAGAAGACGCUGGAGUGUGGGCAGAUCGUCUGGGGCUUGGCCUUCAGCUCCUGGCUGCCUUCCCGUUCAAGGAAACACAUCCUGUGGGCGCCGAGUCCUGCGUGUUUGGUCCUCGCCACUGGCCUGAAUGACGGGCAAAUCAAAGUCUGGGAGGUGCAGACAGGGCGUUUGCUGUUCAACCUCUCAGGACAUCAGGACGUGGUGAGAGACUUGAGCUUUGCGCCUGGUGACAGCCGUUCAAUCCUCAUCUCUGCCUCGCGUGACAAAACCCUGCGCGUCUGGGACCUGGGUCAAAAUGGGAAACAACUGAAGGUGCUGUCUGGACACAUGCGCUGGGUCUACUGCUGCUGCACCUCCCCUGAUGGUCGGAUGCUGUGCUCUGCAGCUGGAGAGAAAUCGGCCCUGCUAUGGAGUAUGGAUUCCUACAGCCUCCUCAGGAAACUGGAGGGCCACCAGGGCUGCGUCGUGUCCUGCGCCUUCUCCCCAGACUCUGCGCUUCUUGCGACUGCCUCGUACGACACCUAUGUGAUCCUCUGGGAUCCUUGCACAGGGGAGCAGCUGAAAUCCCUCUGCCACAUUCCGCUGCAGCCGGCCCUGGACCAUGGCGCUGACUUCCAUGCCAGCUCCCUGCGAUCGGCCUGCUUCUCACCUGAAGGCCUCUACCUGGCGACGGUGGCAGAUGACAGGCUCCUGAGGAUCUGGGCCUUGGAGCUGGGGAGCCCAGUUGCCUUUGCCCCAGUGAAGAAUGGGCUCUGCUGCACCUAUUUCCCCCACGGGGGGAUCAUUGCUACAGGAACAAGAGAUGGCCACGCUCAGUUUUGGACGGUUCCCCAGGCCCUCUCCUCCCUCAAGCACUUAUGCCGCAAGGUCCUCCGCAGCUGCUUCACGACGUACCAGGUGCUGAAGCUGCCCAUCCCAAAGAAGAUGAAGGACUUCCUCACCUACAGGACUUUGUAAGGCUGUGAUGUGGCUUGACGGAGCAGUGCCUGCAGUCCGCUGGACGGAGGGGGCGGCUGGCUUCGCCGAUCGCUCGUGCGAUAAGCUUUGGUGUUUCGCGAUGCAGGGAGGCCCAAACGGUCUGGUUUCCCCCUGCUCCUUUUGUGUGGGUUUACUUGGUUAAAGUGACUUUUUAUAUCUGGACAAGCACAGAUGGGCUAUAGGAAGAAGCUCUUUUGUGUGUCAGCCCUACAGAGAUUUGACUGCUGCAGUCCUGUAGGAUGUACAAGUCCCUGGGACUUUCGUAUUUAAAUGCAGCUGCUCCCUUUUGGACUUCGGGAGCCGAAACCUUACACGGGAGCCACCGGGGAAGAAAUGUUGCCUGCCGGUGUUGGUCUGCAAAUCAUGGAAUUGUAAGGGACCACGGGGGGUCAUCUAGUUUGACCCCUUGCAAUGCAGGGAUCGUUUGCCCAACAUGGUGCUUGAACCCAU